CGAAGGCUCUCGACCAAAGAUCGGCAGCCACGCAACCACCGACCAACCAUCAGACUACGGUAUCCAUCAUUGGGACAGACACAUCAACAGCAGAUAAUAAAUAUCAUGGCUAAAACAUUGGACAGCUCCAGGGAAGUGAUUCCUCCAAGAACCCACCUGUUGAUUGACCUCGAUGAAGGAGACGACACCGAGGAGCUAACAAUGCUGUUCCAUUUGGCGGAUGAUACACGAGCAAACGUGACCAAAGUCGAGAUACAGUCUUGUUCGGAAGAAGCCGAGGAUUGGGUAGACGAUGAUUGGAUGUCCUUGCUCUUCUCCUGUCUCGGGGAAUUGGAAAAUCUCGAGCAGUUGCGAAUCAACUUGGGAGGCAUGUCAUUGCCAGUGAGACUGUUGGCCCAUGUCAUGAACCAGUCGCUCAAGUUGCAAAUGCUCUGUGUGGAUUCUGUAUCAUUAUUAUUGACCAAUGGUGGAGAUGAGGACGGUGGAUUUGAAGCUCUAUCACAGGCCGUGCGCGGUCAUGCCUCCUUGGCAUGUGUGUGUCUCUCGGAUAUUCAAGUUGACAACCGACAACCAACAGAUUCCGUCACGGCAGCUCAGGAUUCAGCAGCUUCGUCUAGCUUGGAACCAUUUCUGGUGUCCUUGGCGAUGGAAUGUCCAGAUAGCAUGAGAAUUUUGGAACUGGAAGAUGUUCCCGUAUCUGCCGUGGCUCUCACAGCCAUGGCAUCGUCACCCUACUUGCGACAACUGGAGCUAUGGGAUAUUCCCUCCGUCAAUGAUACCAUUGCGGAUUUUGCCAGCUGUUUAACGAACAAUCGCAGUUUGGAAAAAUUGGAGCUCUGUCAAUGCAACCUUGGUCCGUUGGCUGCGCAAGAGUUGACUUUGAUGCUACAAAACAAUAACCAUGCCUUGCGACAGGUGCUACUUGAUAUCGACUGGGGAACCUCGGUCAUGUUUGCCAAACCCAUUGCCAGCAUACUACGGAACAAUCAAAGGCUUACUGAUCUGCACUUGAUUUGCCGGCAAGAACAAGAACAACACUGGGAGAACACAAGUUUAGAUAAUAAUACCGCCAACAACAGCUGGUCGUCUCCAAAAGACAAACAAAAGCAACAACAACAGGAACAACAACUACCAUGCACAAGUCACGACCAGUCGUAUUCUGCCGAAGCCUACGCGGAGAUUAUCUGUCAUCAAGGCAUUGCGAGGAACACAACCCUGAAACGGUUUGGAUUGGAGUUUCGACAACCUCGACGAUACCGCAAUGACAACAGCCGCUUGGCCAAGGCGUUCACGGAACCCUUGUGGCAGGCACUGUCGCAAUCCAAUCGUACCGUCUUGGAAGAGUUUUCCGUCAUGGGUGGUCACUCCGUCACGCCCAUCGAGUGGGGUGGCACUGUUGCCUUUUUUCUGGGGUUGAAUCGAGGCGGCCUGCGACAAAAGUGGUUGAGCAACGGUACUACACGUACGACAAGGAACUCCCUCACUUGGAUGGUGGACACGCUACAACGCCACAGCGCAGACCUGAGUACGUUGUUUUACUUGCUGUCGGUUCACCCACAUUUGCUCCCCUUGGGUACAGCAGCCGCGUGUGACGUUUAGAUGAUAGAAGGCUAAUAAGAUAGAAAGCUAAUAGACAUAUAGAACACAUUAUCGAGAUAGACGGAAUGAUCGGAUGCCGCCCGGUCAAUUCACGAGCACCCCUGAUGAAACCACCGCUUAUCCUUGUACCGUUGCUGUGCCUCAUCGGAUCCUCUCGGAGAAGCACAGUGGUGUCCCCAUCAACACUGUUCCUCGGCACCUGGUUGCCUCUAUUUGCUGGUGUUUCUGCUUUAUUCCGAGUCGAGGGAACCGUUUGCGUCUAUUGCUGUUCAAUUAAUCAGUUUUACCUCAGCUUUUGUUUCGGGGGGCAGGGGUUUGAGCUGACACGGAAUUACAGAAGCAAACUAGAGAAAUACAGGAUUCAAUGACAUGUUUCUCGUGCCAGCAAUGAACUGGCUGGGGUAGCAUGAAUGAGGCUGUUGGACGUCUGCGCUGAUUGAAUACUUUCAGCAACGCUCUCGAUGUUUGGCUUCCCUAAACAAGAUGGGGAGAAUGAUGGAGUCGUUGCUAUGUUCAACUCUCUUUGCCGCCUCUAUCAGGUAUUGGGUUUUGACUGUGCCGUCCGCAACGAGACCACUCAAAAUACAGGCUAUCCGAAGUUAAAACCUGAGAAAGGCUCACGCCAUCAAGCCUCUUGGAUACCGCUCUCCGGACGCCAUUGUUGCGAAUACCAUACGGUACGGGUAGUCCUUUUAGGGUCCCUCUCCAGUUGCAGUCUGCGAACUAGAUUACUGGUACCAUACGGGUACAAUGGAGAGGGUCAGUACGGAAGAGUGCAGAGCGUGGAAAGAGGCGUGGACGUCAAUCGAGUCGAGU